UGUUCCCUCCUCCACAAGGUGUCUCAUUCACUUUUUAAAUGAGCUCCUCCUCUGUGACGAAAUAACAGCGUGGCUUAGGCAAAAUUGAACUUGUUUCUUGCCAACAUUCACGGGAUACCGUCGAUGCGCUCAGAUCCAGGAACACGCUGGAGUAGGACCGCGCAUCACCUAAAGAGAGGAGUUAGGCUCACUGGGAAGAGGAAAAAGAGGUUUUACUGCCUCAACUUGGAGUGGACCUAUCCAGGCACUGUUUUACGCACGCAUGUGGUGCGCUGGGAUUAGCUCGAUCUAAGGAUUUAGUAUCUAUAAACAAUUUUCUUUGUUCAAUGGAAUAAAAUUAAUUUAAACAUGAUUCUAAAUAUUAAGCAUAUCCUGUGGUUAUAUUAUCUGUGUGAUGCUGCAUAUGCAACAACAUCCAACACAUUAUCAAUAAUCCAACCAAUCUCUGGAUCCCUCUCAGGGAAAGUAAAUCUUCCCUGCUUCUUCUCCACAAUCCCAACAUCAGCGCCAGUCAUAGGUACAAAUAGAACAGCCAAUUAUGGCAAAGAUUACUUACGAAUCAAAUGGACCAAAAUAAAAGGACAGGAAAAGUCUACAGUGUUGGUGAUGCAAAAUGGGGUCAUCAAGAUGAACCCCAUCUACAGGAACCGUGUGUCAGUGCCCAGUCACCCUGAGGAUGUCGGUGACGCCUCCUUGACUAUGGUCAAGCUGCGAGCUAGUGAUGCUGGGACUUACAGUUGUGAAGCCACAUACGGCAUUGAAGAUACGCAUGAUAUUGUUAACCUUGAUGUCAGUGGUGUUGUUUUUCACUAUCGAGCAAGCCCCAGCAGGUACACCUUAAGUUAUGAGAAAGCUGUCCAAACUUGCAAAGAUAUUGGAGCAAGCAUAGCUACCUAUUCCCAACUGAAAGCAGCUUAUGAAGAUGGAUUUGACCAGUGUGAUGCUGGCUGGAUUGCUGACCAGACAGUGAGAUACCCAAUUACCAGACCAAGAGACGGCUGCCUUGGAAACCUUAAGAUGAUACCUGGUGUUAGGACAUACGGAGUUAGAAACCCUUCAGAGACCUAUGAUGUAUACUGUUACGUCGAUAAACUUGACGGUGAAGUCUUUUAUGCUCCUGCGGCGGGUAAGCUAACUUUUUUAGAGGCCACUGAGGAGUGCAAAAAACACAAAGCUGUCUUGGCGUCCACUGGCCAACUCCACGCUGCUUGGAGAAUGGGACUGGACAGAUGUGACUAUGGCUGGCUCUCUGACGGGAGUGUACGACACCCUGUUGUGCAUCCUAGAAUUCCAUGUGGCGGAGGCCUAAUGGGUGUCAGGACACUGUAUCGCUACAGAAAUCAGACCUGCUUUCCAGAACCUUCCAUGAAGUUUGGAGCUUACUGCUUUAGAGGAGGGAGAGACACAAUCAACCAGACUUUCCUUGUGGAUGUAUCUGUACAAGAAGUCAUUACUACCACCACCACCACCAGAUCCACCACUGUUUCCACCACAUCAUUCGACACAACAGCAGAGGCAGAGAAGUCUUCAGACUAUGAUCCCACAUAUGUUACAUCAAUGUUCUCUGUCAGUAUGUCUCCUCCUCAGCCCACUCCCCCAGACCAAGAUGCUCAAUUAAUCACAACAGUUGCACCAACAAUUAUAGAGGAUUCUGAUGAUAAAGAUAGUAUAAGCGACAUAGACAUAAAUUACUCUAACAGCUUUGGUACUGUUGGACCUGUUCCUUCCCAUGGUGAAGAGAUCACUGAAAUUCACAUGACGAAAGAGACCACUGGUUCUACAGCAUCCUUUGAAGAUCCAGAUUCCCACUCGGUGAUUGAGAUCAGCACAAUCAAACCUGAUGUACUUCUACCAGAUGACUCUUUAAAUACAGCAGGCAGGUUUGCAGAGGGGAAGACAGAGAAAACUAUUGUGACUCAUAGGAUGAUCACAGAUAUUUCCUCUAAAAUCACAGAUGCUCCUACAGAAUCUACUGAAAUGACCAGGAAAGGAGCAUUUAUUUCCUCUGUAUCAACACCAUUCAUCGCAGCUCCUGGUUUCCAGUUAACAACACCAGGAGAUUAUGAAGAUGGGACUAUAACUGAUAUUUUUCUCCAGGCUACUCCACCAUUCCAGCCAUUCCCACAGAUCAUAGAUCAAACUGCCAUGGAAACAUCAACCCCAACUACAAGUGGCACUACCUCUAGGUAUAACACUGUGCCAGAAGAUGAGAUAAGCACCACAGAAAUAACAGAGACCCUUGACAUUGAAAGGCAAACAAUACAAAAAACACAGGAAGCAGAUUCUCUUGCUACAUCUGGUGAUCCAGAUGUAGCUUCCAGGUUCCCGGUUGAGAGCCGAGUGUUUACUGAAGAAGUGGCAUUGUCAACAACUGAACACACCCUCAGUGAGUCCAGCAGUCGGAGAACAGAACAUACUGCAGAAACUCUCACAGAGGAUGACACUUUGGGAAGCAGUGGGGCAGAGAGAUUUACAUUCUCUUCUACGACAUCAACUGUAACCAGCACGCUCAAAAUCACACCUUCAGUGGUCACGAAGGCACAGAUUCAGAAUAUUUCAGGUAAGAUUAGCAUUUUCUUACAUUUUUAAACAGAGGACAAAUAAGGAGGGAGAUGUAACAAAAGGAAUGUAAUACAAUGUGUGCGUGUGCCAAGGUUGUCUUUGGUUUGAAUAUGGUCUUCUGCAUAGAUUAUUUCUUUCCUCCAGUGGAAUUAAGUGUAUCAUUUGAGACAAGCGCCACAGAAAUAACAGAAAUAUUUGCAGUUACUUGCUUGAACAAAUGCAGUUUGUAUUCAUGGUAAUGCAUUUUCUGUAGGUGAUUUGUUUCCUAUGUUGUUUUGGCACAUGAUAGUAUUCAUAAUGACUAGGCCCCUCUUUUGCUGCCAAAUUAGUUCUGACCAGUCGAGAAAAAUAGCAUGCAACAUCUAGGGUUCCCUGUGGGUUCUGGUACUGGCUUUUGAGCAAUAGAUUCUUUGGACCUUGUGAAUUUUUGUGUGGAGUCUUUGUGGAUGGAAUUGUUUCCCAAGGAUGUCAUUACAGCUUAUCAAAUGUUAAGUUGCAAUAAUUUGAUAAGAUCUUCUGACUUUGGAGUUAUUUGCAGAGUCCCCUGCCAUGUUCUUUUGAGGGCUGUCUUGCCAUGCACUGCACCUGGUCCCUAAAAAGAAGUUUUCAGUACUUUGUAGUUUUUUUUUCCUAGCACUAUGGGUUUCUACAUCUUCUCUUGUGGCAUUCAUUGGUACCAUACAGGCAGAAAAGAAACAAAAAACCACUGACAAAUGCAGUUUAUAUUUAAGCCCUUGUUUUAUAAAAUAUAACAUCAAAACUUACAGUAGAUGAUAGGCUAGCCUUAAUUAGGCACAAUGACUUACAUUUCAAACUAAAACAUGUAUGACUUCAACAUUAUGAAAAUCAUAAUAAUAGUAACUAUUAUUAUAUAUGACUUACAUUAUGAAAGUCUUACAUUUCACAAGAAUAAUGUGACUUUCAUCCUAUGAAAGUCACAUUAUGACUCAUAGUCGUACAUGUGAAAGAAUGCAGGUUUAUUUUGUGUUGUUUAACUACUUCUAUGCAUUUACAUUAUUCCCCUAACUGAGUGUGACCAUCUGACUGACAGCCAACCUGGCAAUAACUAAAGUGUGUUGGCAGUCUACCGCCUUAAGCACAGUAAACACUGUCUUCAUCUUAGACUGGACACCACCUCAUAAGGUGAUGUCAUCACUAACUCACAGUCCCUGCCCUUUUUGUCAGGACAGCUGGAGGCUGCCUGACCAAAGGAAGUGAUUAUAGCUACUUUUACUGCUCAUGUGAUUGACUGAGACUUUCUGGGUCUCAUUCUGUCCUCCCAGUGUGUAUGGGAAAAACAUGCAGAAAAAUUUGUGGUGACAUUGAAAGGUUUGUCUGCAUUGUAACAAAAUAAAAUCUCAUUUGGGUUUAAAGAAAAUCACUUAACUAAUUUUUUUAUGGGCGUAAAAACAUCACUUAGCAAAUUUGUUGUGUGGCUCCAGAUUAUUGUGUUAUAGUGAACUUUACGCUUGUGUUUUAGAUUAAUUGAUGACAGCUAAAUACACUGUUUACCAAGUGUUUUAGUUAUUGCGACUUCUUAAAUUAUUGAUCAUCUAUGUGUCAAAGAAAAAAUUUACAGAAUAUCACAAAAUCCCAAAUAGUACAUUCAGACUGCAUUUAAAGUUCUGUUUUAAAUUGGCUGUUCUCACCUUGAUAAACUGAUUUUUACACAGUUUGUGGAAAACACCAGAAAUUUUGAACAUGCAUGUAUUCCAACCCUCAUAUUUUCUGUUGCUAGACCUACUCUACAGAUUGAAGUCUGCAUUGUAAAGUAUGUAUUUAAAUAAUUCUGAGGAUUAAAAAUAUUAGAAUCAAUAAAUGCACAUU